AUGGCUGCAAAGGGAUCCACUGUGGGCCAGGCAGAGAAUGUGUCCCACUCCCAGGAAUGAAGGCUGAGUGCCAGUGCAUCAAGGACUGUCCUAUUGAAUCAGACCCUCGGCGCAAGGUGUGCAGCAACCAUAAUGAGACAUGGGAUUCGGAUUGCGUACUUUAUCAAAUGCGGUGCUUGUGCACAGAUGGCGACAGGCGUUGUCACGAUGACAAAUACAAACACGUCCACGUGGAAUACUAUGGGACUUGCAAGGAAAUCCCUAAAUGCUCAGAAGACGACAUGUCAGACUUCAGAGAGCGAAUGCGUCAGUGGCUCUUCAAUGUAAUGAAAGAACUGAGAGGAAGACAAAAGCUGAACGAACCUUACUUGGAAAUGGAAGAAAAGGCUGAACAAGAUGCUUCUUUGCGUUGGAGUUAUGCGGCCAUUUGGAAGUGGUGCGAUUUGGACAGUCAUCCAAAUGAUAGGAGAGUCUCAAGACAUGAGCUGUUCCCUCUCAGAGCCCCACUAAUGGCCAUGGAACACUGCAUUGCACCCUUUUUUGACAGCUGUGACUCUGACAACAACCACUCCAUUGACCUCAAAGAAUGGGGAAGUUGUCUGGGAGUGUCAACAGAGGAGAUUGAUGGACAUUGUGCCAACUUGGCCUGAGGAUCCCUUUUUUUGGCAGCACAGAAUUGUUCAGCAUGGACUUGGGGGAUAUUUUGCAAGCACCCUGGUUCUGCUUUUUUUUUCUAAUUGACUGGCUUUCAUGUGUUCAACCUGUUUGUUAGCUAUUUACAAAAAUGCAUUGUUAGUUUGAAACCUCCCU